AUACUUGUAUGUGCUGAAAUUCCUAUCAGUCAAAUGGUUCAAAGUAAAGUCUUUUAAAUGACCUAGGUUGCGUGUUUGGUUGUGUGUUAACUUUGCUCUUCUACACCAAUAAAUCGCCCUCGGUAUUUUUUCUAAUUUAUAAAAUAUCUUCAACGUUCAGUGAAUUAUAAGUAAUUUAAAAAUUAAAAAUAUUAGUUUGAUUUAAGAAGUAAGAUGUUUUGUAGAACGAUAGCACGAAACAGUUUAAUUAAACAAACAAUAAGAAAAUCAGUGUCAAGGACUGCUCUUCGUUCUAUUUCUGCCGGUUGCUGUUCUAAUAAAGAAUUAUUAAACAGAAAAGAAGUAACUGCUUUUAAUCAAGCUAAACCAGCAAAAUGGAAUUUUCAAACAGUACGAAAUUACAGCAGUUACCCACCACAUAUAAAAGUACCCCUUCCUGCUUUGUCGCCAACUAUGGAGACAGGUACGAUUAUAAGCUGGGAAAAAAAAGAAGGGGAUAAACUUAACGAGGGCGAUCUAUUGGCUGAAAUUGAGACUGAUAAGGCAACCAUGGGUUUUGAAACACCCGAAGAAGGAUAUUUGGCUAAGAUUUUGGUUCCUGCAGGAGUCAAAAAUAUACCAAUUGGAAAACUGGUUUGUAUCAUUGUUGAAAAAGAAGAAGAUGUUGCAAAAUUCAAAGAUUUUAAAGAUGAUAGCUCUCCAUCUCCUGCCGCAGCUGCGCCCGCCCCAUCUGCACCAGCUCCUAAACCCGCAGCUGCGGCUCCUCAGGCUCCUGCUGCUGCUUCUGCUGCAGCGUCCGAUACACCUCCACAAGGGGGAAGAGUGCUAGUCAGCCCUAUGGCCAAGGGACUUGCCGAAAAGAAGAAUAUUAGGUUACAAGGAAAAGGUUCAGGCCUUUUCGGCUCUAUUACGUCUAAGGAUCUUGACAAAUUAGCUGCCGCAUCCGCAGGUGCACCAGCUCCACCACCAUCCUCACCAGGUGCACCCCCGAAGGCACCCACUCCAGCUCCAGGUGCUGCUCAUGUCGACAUUCCCGUCACCAACAUGCGUGCAGUAAUAGCAAAGCGACUUACUGAAUCCAAGGUUCAAAUACCACACUAUUACGUGACGAUGGCCAUUAACGUGGACAAAUUGCUUAAAUUCCGAGAGCGCGUCAACAAAAAAUACGAGAAAAAGGGAGUUAAGGUGAGCGUGAAUGAUUUCAUCAUCAAGGCAACAGCAGCCGCCUCUAAACGCGUUCCAGAAGCGAAUUCAUCCUGGUUGGGCGACGUAAUUAGACAGUAUAAAAACGUUGACGUGGCUGUAGCAGUUGCAACGCCUAAAGGCCUCCUUACUCCUAUCGUAAAAGAGGUAAACGACAAAGGUGUUAUCCAGAUUAGUUCAGAAAUGAAGGAACUUGCAGCAAAGGCAAGAGAUGGCAAAUUGCAACCUCACGAAUUUCAAGGUGGUACCAUUACCGUUUCUAAUUUAGGGAUGAUGGGUGUAACGCAUUUUACCGCUGUCAUUAACCCCCCACAUAGUAUCAUUAUCGCUAUCGGAGCAACUAAUGAUACGCUAGUCCCCGAUAAAUCAGAGAAAGGAUUCAAAGUUGCCAAAAUUAUGCAUGCGACGGCAAGUUGCGAUCAUCGUACAGUAGAUGGAGCCGUAGCAGCGGAGUGGAUGCAGGCCUUUACCGAAUGCCUGGAGGAACCCGAGAAUAUGAUCUUGUAAAUUUUAUUUUUGUUAUAUUGCCUGCCAUUUUCGUUGGACCUUUUUUUCUACCGGUUUCUACCUUUUACCUUGGAACGCCGAAAUAUUAUAUUACUGUAAUUACUGAUAUACAAUUCAUAUCUUUUAAGUUUUACCGCUCAUUUACAAUUCGAAUUCGUUCUAUAUCAUUUAUCAGCUUGUUCCUGUUUGCAUUUUAAAAAAUUUUAAGUCGUAUGUUGUUUAAUUUAUAAAUAUCGGUAUUGUAAAUAAAAUUGAUUUAGACGCCCUAGUUGGAAU